AGUGAAAUAGGUUAGAAUUUGCAUUGGUUUAUAUCAGUUUUGCAUGCUCAAGUUAUUAACGUUGAUAUCAUUUUAUUAAUGUGAUGGCUGUGUUGGAUACUAAAAAUGCUCGUGAAAAUAUGAAGCACGAGAAGAAGACCGCCAAAGCAGUGCAAAUGCAUACAGAUUAUAUCAAGUAUGCAAGGAGUUUGGCUGGGAAUGAUAAGGAGGAUAGAGAUAGAGCUUUGCAGAGGCUGGGUAAAUGGCUGAAAAAGAUUGAGAAAAGCAAUUAUUCCCUCCAAGAGGAUGAACUGUUGGUGCUAUGGAAGGGCCUCUUCUAUUCGAUGUGGAUGUCAGAUAAGCUUUUGAUUCAAGAAGAAUGUGCAGAAAAUAUUGCACAUUUAAUACACAAACUGCAAGACAACCAGUUGAUCUUUUUUAAAUGUGGACUUAAAACCCUCUGCAAUGAAUGGUUUGGCAUAGAUCAACUUCGAUUGGAUAAGUUUAUGAUGUUUGCAAGGAGACUCAUGAGACAGGCCCUAGUUGUUAUCAGGAACAAUGAAUGGAAGUUUGAGUAUGUUAAGCAAUUUCAAGAUAUUUUGAAUGAAACAGUGCUCAAUCCCCAACCAGGUGGAUUUCUUGGAUUGACUAUGCACAUUUCUGAUAUUUAUUGGGAAGAAAUUUCUAAAAUAUCACAAGGAAAGAUUACUCAGAAAACAAUUAACGAACUUUUACUUCCGUUUUUGCAUUAUAUAGUGGCUUUGGAUAAUGCCUGUGAUAUCCAAAACUUUUCCGAAAACAUAUUUCGUUAUCUCAUAAAGCAAACUGACUUGCACUUAGAAUAUGAGGAGAAGUUUGCUGCAUGGAGAAAUAUGGGAUAUCCGGGCGGUGAUAUUAGGAAACUGCAAAAGCAAGUGGUUGAUGAUGAUGAUGAUGAAGAUGAUGAUGCGACUGACAAAGAUGUUAGUUUAGGAGAACAAGUUUUAGAUCCUAGGGCAGGAUCAGUGCACGUGACAUUGCCGCAACUGCAUUUCAACGCCAAUCAGAUCGCAUCGCUUUUGGAGAAAUACAAGUACGGAAAGGGUUCCAACAAGAAAUCUCGAGCAUAUAUAAACAAAUUAAUCGAAAAUUUCAAACUGGUUGCCAAGAAUAUCUAUCCGUACGGUAUAAAGAAAGUCAAUUUGGAUGAUGGCAAACUCGACAUCAAGAAAGCGACGAAAGAGUUGAUGGGCAAAUUUGAAGUCAAGAACAAACGAAAAAAUAGGAAGAGAAAAAGAAAAGAUAACGACGAUGUUGUUGCAGACAAGCAAGAUGAAGUCAACAUUCACACCAAGACAGUGAAAUGUGAGGAAGUAACAGCAAAUAAAAGUAAGAAAAAGAAGAUCCAAGAUGCGGGACCACUGAGUAAUAAUACGAAAAGGAAGAGUGAUGAGGAUCUUGCGUUGCAGCAGACAAAGAAACCUAAUUUGAAUAGCAGCAACUUUGAGGAAGUGUUGAACAACUUCGAGAUGGCGUUUACCAGGAACUCUGGUGUUUGGCACGUGUAUUCAGCGGAUGAUAUUGAAUGCAGCAACAUCACCGUGGACAACCACUCCAAUGGCGGAAGCUCGAAGAAAGUGAAGAUCGAUUUGAAGAUGAACCAAUCGCAGGAAAUUGACGAGCACGAAGCUCAGCUGCGGAGCUCUCCUGCAAUACCAUUCGAUGCGAACAGGAAACCGCGGAAGACCUUGCUGAAACCAAAUGCUGCCUCCAGUCCAAUCAGUGCUAUCUACAGAAAACAGUUGUUGGAAGAGUGGUGAAACCAUUGCACAUAUUACAAAUGUUUAUUAUAAUUAUAAAAAUGAGAAUUAUA